AUGCCAAUGGUUUUCAAUACUUUAUCGCCAACUGAUAACAUGUUUGAGUCUUUACCAUCAUCAUUUAUCGAACAUUCAUUGCCCGAUGAACGCAAUUUCACUCCGGCUGACUUGUCAAAACAAAAAUUGGUUUUGAAAAGACAAGAAAAUCCAACUAAUGAUACAUAUGCAAUAGCUAAUCGAUAUCAUCGAUUGAAAUUAUCGUCAACUGAAAAUUUAACAUCAACAACACAGUCGAAUGAUCAAUCAGCAGCAGCAGAAACCGACAUCGAUGAACGACCCAUAAAUACUAUGUGGAAAUCUUCAUAUGACCAUCAUCUGUCAAUGGUCGCUACGAAAUCUUUAUCUGUAAUGGAAUACUAUCCAAAUGCAUCAAUGACUUCAUAUUCAUCAUCGUCUUCAGUUUCAUCGUCGGAUUUAAGUUUAUUUAAUAGUGAUUCUCGUCAUAGUGAUAAAUCCGAAGUAAAAACAUUUUCAUCAUCGUCCGGUUAUGAUUCAUCAUUGAACUCUAUUCCUGAUAAUUUUCGUCCGUUGUCGCCAAAAUCGAUUUCAAUUUCGAAUACUAAUCUCGUUGAACAAUUUACUGAUUUACAUCUGCAAAAACAAUCGUCAUUCGAUCGUGAUUUAAUCUCUUCGUCGACUUCAUCAUUGAGUUCGUCGACAAGUUCAUUUUUUUCUCAGGAUCUAUUAUCAACUAUUAAUUCACCUUCAUGUUGCCGGAAAUUUCUUAUUCAUAAUCAAUUAUCUAGUGAUACUGAUGAUGAUUCACAAGCAACAACUAUACCAACCAACUUAUUGUCUUUAAAACGACAAAAUAAACGACCCAGAAGUUUACCUAUAGCGAUUCAACAACCGAAAGUUGUCUUAAACGAUGAUGAUACGGAUAAUAGUUCUCAAAGUGCAUCUCUAUGUUGCUAUUCGAUAAAUGUACCAGACAAAACCUGUAUUCAAACAUGUGAAUUAAGUUCUGCAGCAUCGACGAAUGGAGGAUUUUCGGAAAAUAAUUUAAUUCCAACAUCGAUUGAGAAAUUAGAUAUCAAUGAACAAAUAAUGGUCAAUCAAAAAAAUUCAUUAGAUCAUUUCAUAAUGAGUCCAACUGAUAAAGUUAAAAUACAAAUGAAAUAUCAAGAAAACAACGUAAAAAAUAAUGAAUUGAAAAUUUCUCAACCUGAAGAUAUUGAUUUUAAACGAUCCAAGCUAAAAGCAAUUCGAGUACUAUAUCAAAAUCGACUCAACUUUAAUAAUAUUCAAUCUCCGGUGACACAUCAAAAUUUAAUUGUACCUUCUUCAAGAACAGAAAGCUAUUGUCGUUCGCCAUUAGCUAAACGAACUACUAAUCCGCGUUUAUUGCGAAGUGUUCUAUCGUGUAGUGUAUUCGAAGUUGACGAUGAACAUGAAGUCGUUUCAUCAGCAACUCGAGCCAACUCUAGUGGAUCCCGUGAAAAAGCUCAUAUAGAAAUAUUUAACUGUUUGCGUAUCAACUUCACAGAAUCGCUAUUAAAUGGAAAAAUUCUUCCUUGUGGUGUACUCGAUGGCUUUACAGUUAAACUAGGCGCAAGUGGACUAUUUAUACCUAAACAAGUCAUUUUACCUGUGACAACUUUUUGGUUUAAUGUAUCUGAACAUCCAGCAGCAUCACCUUAUCUCGGAUUUAUCAAUUUGCAAUGUUUGCCGAAACGUGGUUAUCACACACCAACCAAAGGAACUAUAACCUUAGCGCUGUUAAAUCCAAAUGGAACAGCAGUUCAUUUGUUCCUCAUAUUGUACGAUUUAAGUGAUAUGCCACCGGAUCAUCGUACAUUUAUUCGUCAACGAGUUGUUCUUAUGCCUGAAAAUACCAGCGAUGAUAACAUGCAUGAACAAUCAACAGUAACAUCCUCUAAAGAAAAUCUCAGAUAUUUAGCUCAUAUUCGUUUUGUAACAUCACAAACUGGUAAACUCUAUAUGCAUUCCGAUAUAAGAUUGAUAUUUGCACGUAAUAAACUCGAUUAUGAUGAACGUACAGGGCAUGGCAAGCCUCAAUUGACGACAUCAACAGACAUGCCAACGCCAAAAUACUGGUCACGUAAAUAG